UCUGACUCCACGAUGCUUGGUGUGGCAUUGUUUGGCCUCCUCCUUGGUGCUGUUACCACUGCUGAGCAGACAGCCCCUCGUGGUUAUGGAUGCCUGGUUUCCGACAAAGGCCUAGACAGGCAUAUCGGUACUCAUUCCAAGUUGCUUGAUCCUAGCCGCCGGAAUUCCAUCCCCAGCAGCUUCAUCGUAGAUGUCCACUUCCAUAUCGCCAGCACCGAGGAAGACGAAGAUCUCAUUACCGAAGAAAUAGUCGACGCCCAAUGGAAGGUUCUGAGCGAAUCCUUCUCCAAGUACGGCAUCAACCUGGUGCUGAAUUCGACAGAGCGGGUUGUCGACGAUCUUGCAGGCCACUCGUUCCUCGUCUAUGAGGGACCAGACAAAGGCUGGGUCAAUUAUGAGAAAGAGGAAAGAGAAUAUUUCAAGAGUACUCGAAAGGGCGGCUAUGACGCUCUGAACAUUUACUUCUUCAGCAAAUAUUCACCUGGGGCCACGGGAUACUGCACUUGGCCUACAACCCUGACCGAGGGCGACGACUUGACCCUGGGGUUAGACUCUUGUCAACUCAGUGCCAUGACGAUGCCGGGGUUUACUGUCGAACAAGGUGCAUUCGAGGACUGGAACCUGGGUCAUCUUACGGUUCAUGAGGCUGGACACUGGUUUGGGCUGAACCACACGUUUACCGGUGGUUGCUCGGAGCCGGGUGACUUUGUCGGCGACACGCCUGCACAAGGGACACAGAUAUAUGGAUGUCCUGUUGGGUCGGAUAGUUGUCCAGAUCAGCCGGGUUUGGAUCCUAUCCAUAACUUCAUGGGAUACACGAAUGAUAACUGCACCACUGAGUUUACGGCCGGGCAAAAGGAUCGCAUGUUUGAGGUCUUCUUCAAUUAUAGACGGAAGUUGUAA